AUGCGCGCCAACGACCCUUCCUCCAAGGUCUUCUACAAGGGCAAGUCCGACGACUUCAUCGUCUUUGUCGAGGACCCCGCCACACUCAAGAACUGGAAGAACGACUCCACGAUCCCUCUCUCUGACGUCGUCAACGGGUGGAAGAUCUUCGUCACUCACAAGCACGGAUCCCAAGGCAUCUACGACGGCGCAAGCAAGUCCUCGCUCGAGAACGAGUUCGGCACGCACAACGAUGAGGAGUGCGUGAAGAAGAUCCUGGAGCAUGGUGAACUGCAGGGGUACACUCAACGGGAACGCGGCGGCGACACCAACAUCUCAAACGGACCUCAGGGCCAGCUGCCUUAG